UUGGUGAGCACAUACAGUGGAGAGAACCUGCACCCUGCUCAGCUUUGCAAAGGCGUUCAGAAAGGUCCCUCACCAGCCUGAGGAAACCCACCUGAGCCGACUAUGAGAGACCAACACUGAUUGUUUGCAGCUGUGUAUUGUUGCAGGUGCCCCCAAAAAGGGGGAGGGAAAGGCAGAGAGCAAAAUCAGCUGAUAAUGAAGGUUCUUCAUGAUGGUGUUGCAGGUUGUCUGCUGCAGUUCACAGCACUGAGAGACUGACAGAACACGGGUGAAGCUGAGUGGAGCAGAGGAAGGUGGUGCAGGAGAGAAGGUGUCCUGAAGUGCUGGUCUGUGUGUGAGCACUCCAGAACCACUCUGGGGAGCAGUGCCUCAGCUUUGUGCUCAGUACAUGAUGAUUCAAAAAGCAAACAGGAUAUGGGAUGUCGCUGGCCAAGAUAAAGGAACCAAAACUGGGACUGCUGGGGCCUUGAAGAUGCCAGAAGAUUUUAAUGGAUGUAGACAGUCUCCCCUGGGACCUCCAUCCACACCCUCUGCUGGUGUUAGAGCUGAUUAAGAGAUGAGGGCUGUGCAGCCUGAGAAGGAAAAAGAAAGAGGGGGCAAGACAGAUGAUCCUGCUGAUAGUGUCACCAAGUAGGUGUCAUCUGUGAAACAGAGUGAAAUUGAAAUCAGCCACCUCCUUGACACCCUCUAAAUUACUCUUGUGUUCUAGAACAUCUUACCCAACUUCCAAGAUCACAGGCAGGUCAAAACAAGUGAUGAUAUUUCAACUAUCUGACAUACUCAUGGGAUUGAACAAGAGGUUGGAACAGUAAGUGAUGAGCUGUUGAGUUGGGAAUCCUGAUUUAGCAGUGAGCUCUGUGCCUUACUAAUACCUGCUUGCUGCAGGCAGCCUCUGGUUUCUGUGCCCACUGUCUUGACCAGAAUGGGAGUGUCAGAGGGGUUCUGGCACCAUGAAUACUGGCUGCCACCUGGAGCUAUCCGGGAAGACUUGAAGGAGUCUACAGACAUACAGUACUCACAGCCUCAGCACCUCCUGCUCUGCAUCCCUGCUGCCCUGUUAUUGAUCUUUGUCCAAUUCAUCUUUGAAAGGUGAGUAGCAUUGACCCUGCAGAGGCCCUUGAGUGUCAUCUUCCUGCGAAGGCCCAGAGUUCAGACCAAUGCCACACUAGAAGGCUUCUACAUUCUGCUGGGCAGAACUCCAAAGAAGGAGCAGCUGGUUGCACUAACCAAACAAAGUGAUCUGCCUGUCAGAAAGGUGGAGACCUGGUUCAGGUACCGGUGGGCCCAGGACCACCCUAUGUUGAUGAAGAAGUUCUGUGAGGCCAGUUGGAGAUUUACAUUUUAUUUCACCUCAUUCUUCUCUGGACUGGCUCUUCUGUAUGAUAACCCCUGGUUUUGGGACCACACCAUGUGCUGGUUGAAAUUUCUGCAGCAGCCUCUACCACCUAUAUUGGGCUGGUUCUACCUCCUGGAGCUCUCCUUCUCCUGCUCACUGAUGGCCACCCUGCCCUUUGAUGUGAAGAGCAAGGACUUUAAGGAACAGAUUGUCCACCACAUUGCCACCAUCACUCUGAUCUUUGUCUCCUACUGUGCCAAUAUGAUACGGUUCAGGAUGAUAGACAUACUGGUCCAUGAUGCCUCUGAUUAUAUUUUAGAGGGGUAGCUUGCCAAGAUACUCCAUUACCUGAAAUGGAAGCGGGUCUGUGAAGAAGUAUUCAAUGUUUUUGCUGUGGUUUUGCUUGUCAUUUUCCCAUUGAUCGUAUAUUAUUAUUUCAUUACAAAAGUUUGGUUGCUCCCCAUAAGCUGUCUUAUAAAUGCUUUCCUGGUGAUCCUGCAGUUGUUACACAUUUUCUGGUCCUAUGUGAUCAUUCAGAUGAUCUUCAAUGUCAUCCUCUGUGGUGAGAAAAGACAAGAUGCCAGAAAUGACACUGAAGAGAGUGACAAGAGCAAGGAGACGAUCUGGCAAAGAACAAAGAAUAACAGGGCUUGCUGCAAAACACCAGGAUCCAGGCAGUCUUUGGAAUGCAGGAAGGCUGAACUUGGGGGAGAGGUUGGACAGGGCUUCACUGCAGUGUGCCCGAGGCCUAGGUGGUGAAUUUCAUCACAUCUAUAGACAGUUAAGUCACUUCAGGAGUUGUUUCCUAUAAUUAUUCUGUUAGGAUUAUUCUUUUACUACUACUCUAUAAUCAUUCAUCCAGGAAGAAAAGGGUAUACCAGCCAAAGACCCACUGUAUAAAGAGAAGAGGGGUUGAACAAGCUGCUGAAGUUAUGACUCCUAUCUGUGAUUAUCUCAAAGCCUUCCCAAAAGGUUCAUGAGAUAUUAAACUAACACUGGGGAAGAUUUAACCAAUUUGCAGUUUCAAAAGACAGUGGCAUUCAUUGCCAGCCACCCCAUGAAAGGACUUGCAUGUGAAAGGCACUGGUUUGAAGAGCAAAUAAGCUUUCACUUGGGAAGUAUAAAAUGGUCAGGCUCUGGGAUAAACCAUUUCUGCAGCUAAGGCCAAAUAAUACAAGAUGUAUUUGCUGUAUGAAUUAUUCAAAAUAGCUCUAAUGUCUAAAAGAUUUUGCUUACUGAAUGUCCACUCAGGGAAAAGUCUCCUAAAAUUUGAAAGAAACUAAAUUCUUCCAAAUGCACUUUUUUCCACAAGAAAUUAUACAUAAUAAAUGGAAGCUUUCUAUAUGGAUGUAAUAAUUUUGUUGAGAUUUCAUUUUUAAAAUUGGAAAAUAGGAGCAUUACAACACUAUCAUUUUACCUGGAUAGUUUAGGAGUUGGAUGAUGCUUCACCUUGUAAUUUCUUGCAGAAGUUCUAAUUUUCAGAAUUUAUAGUAUAACAAUAAAUUUUAAAUGUCAGAAACUAAUUACACCAAAAAAAGUCUGUUUUGUGUACAUUUUGCAUGAAAUCUUUUUACACUAGCAGAUCAUAUGUCAGUAGGAAAAUCUUUGAACCUUGCCAGCAGCCUUACAUCAUGUAACUCAAACAUUGAACCAGCUUUCCCUUGAAGGACUCUAGAAUUUGGGUCUGCAGGCUGCAAUGCUGGAAGGCAGGCAGCCACCCUCUCUCUGUGGAACAUCAGCCUUGAGCAGGAUGUCACCUAACCCCCACUAGCUGCCCUUUAGUGAGAUGAAAGACUCUUCAUUGGGAUCCCUGUGUAAGGGUUUGCCCAUGAAUUAAUGUACCUUGUCCCUUCAAGUACAAUGCUUUCUUUUAAAGCCCCAAAUGAUACAUGAGAAUUUCAUAAUUCAAAAGACUUAUACAGUCUCCAGGGCACAAUUGGCCUCUGGGCCCAGAGAACAGGCCCAGCCUUGGCUGCUGCAGCCCUAUCAUGGGACCCACAGCUCAUGGAAAGGAAGCCAAACCAGACCUAGAGGGCUCCAUGUCUGCAGGGCCUGCUGUCCUGACAGAGCUGUCACAGUGGCAGGGUUGCUUUUCACCAACACCUCUCAGUUUUAAGGCCUCUUUGCUUCUCUGGAGAUAUUAAUUACUCAGCUCAGGAGCUCUCUUGCUGUGUCACAUCAGAGAACAGACUGACAGCACAGAUAGCAGGCAGCAGUGCCUGCAGUGCAGCCUCCCAGCUCGCUUCUGUUGCACCAGUGGGCAGUCACUCUCUCCCUCUCCACACUUGGGAGGCCUGAGUACCCUUGGAGAUCAAUCCCUACCACCCUAAGGCCAUAGUUCUGCCCAGGAAAUGCUCUUCCUCAUAGACAGUCUUUAAUAAGAGCCAUGUGCAGGACCCUGCUCCUUGCACCCUCAUUUUAGUGCUUUGGGAUGGGCAUUUUUAUAGUGAGUCUCUGCAGCUGUGAACCCAGAGACUACUAAGGAAACCGAUGCCAGAUUCUUAAGACUCAGUGUGCAAAUGUUUAUCAUCACAUACCUGAAUCCAUAAAUCCAGAACAGUCUUCCUCCUUCUGUGAUCUUCAGCCUUGACUAAAGAUAAAUUUAGCCAUAAUUAACCUGCAAAACUUGCUUAUUUCAGGCUAAAAUGGUACUAAGUAUGGCUUGACAGCAAUU